UGCCUCAAAAAUGAAUCAUCAAAAACAAACUCCAUGUAUCAAAAUCAGAUCCCUUACACCCUUCUUAAUUAUCACUAGCCAGUGAUCAACUAUAUAAACAGUGUCAUUUCCUAUAAUUGGACUCUCCCUCUUUCCAAAUUAUUGUUGUACUACAAUUUCUAAAGAGAAGAGAUUAGUUUAUAUUUCAUGGCUUCGAGUAAUAAUCAAGAAAUACCAGAAGGAACAGUGCGGAAUUUAAUGGAACAAGAUACAUUAAAAUGGGUAUUUGUUGGUGGAAAAGGUGGUGUUGGGAAAACAACAUGCAGUUCUGUUCUUGGAAUCCUUCUUUCUCAGGUCCGAUCUUCUGUUCUCAUAAUUUCUACUGAUCCAGCUCACAAUCUCAGCGAUGCUUUUCAACAGCGUUUUGCAAAAACUCCUACCGUCGUUAAUGGCUUCACCAAUUUAUACGCCAUGGAAGUUGAUCCAACUAUAGAGAAUGAAGAAGGUGGUUCAGAAGGAGUGGACGGUUUUUUCUCGGAUUUGGCCAAUGCAGUUCCAGGAAUUGAUGAAGCUAUGAGUUUCGCAGAGAUGCUAAAAUUGGUGCAAACAAUGGAUUACUCUGUAAUAGUGUUUGAUACAGCACCAACGGGACACACUCUCCGGUUAUUACAGUUCCCAUCGACACUAGAGAAAGGGCUCGCCAAAAUAAUGAGUUUGAAGAGCAAAUUUGGUGGUAUGCUGAGUCAGAUGACUCGUCUCUUUGGUGUUGACGAUGAAUUUGGUGAGGAUGCAAUUCUAGGCAAGCUUGAAGCCAUGAGAGAUAUUAUUGAACAAGUGAACAGACAAUUUAAGGAUCCGGAAAUGACGACGUUUGUUUGUGUUUGCAUUCCGGAAUUCCUCUCUCUAUAUGAGACUGAAAGACUUGUUCAAGAACUCACUAGGUUUGAGAUUGAUACACACAACAUCAUAAUUAACCAAGUCCUCUUUGAUGUAGAAGUUGUUGAAUCCCAGUUGCUGAAAGCUAGAAUGCGGAUGCAACAAAAAUACUUGGAUCAAUUCUACACGUUAUAUGACGACUUCAAUAUUACCAAGCUGCCUUUACUUCCGCAAGAGGUUUGUGGUGUUGAAGCGCUGAAAGCAUUCAAGUAUCAUUUUCUAACACCGUACAGACCUUCUCGUGUCCGAGCUUCAGCGGAAGAACUGGAGAGUGGGAUAGCUAAACUGAAAGAACAGUUGAAAGAUGCUGAAGCAGAAUAUGAAAGAAUUAGGAAAGGGAAAAAUCAGGUUUAAUCUAGAAUGACUUUUCAAUGUUAGGGAAAUAGUGUCAUUGAACAAAUUAUUGUGUUCUUUGAGAGGAUCAUGAUAUAUAAUUGUUUCAUUUUUUUUAGAAAAGUUCUUAUGUGCCUUUCAGAAGCCAAUGAAUCUAGCUUACAUGAAUUGGCUAGUCUUAUGUUAGUUGUUAGCCCGUCGUAACCUUUAUCCAAGCUUGAC